UCAAAUCACUUAAUUUAUAUAACACAUGCAUCAUCACACUCCAAUAUCAUAUCACAAAGAUGAAAACCAAACUGAAUCCAUUUUGCUUAAUUACAUUUAUUAUAUUAGUAACCUAUGUCUCAAUUGGAAGUGCUCAAGAUAACUCUUGCUUAAACAAGCUAUCACCUUGCUUAAACUAUCUCAAUGGCACUAAAAACCCACCUGAUAGUUGCUGUGAUCCAUUAAAAUCUUUGAUUAAAUCAGAUGCAGCAUGCUUAUGUAGCUUGGCAAGUAACAAAGGUACAAGACAAGCUGAGAAGGCAGGUAUUAAUGUUACUGAGGCUCAGAGCUUGCCAGGAAGGUGUGGUCAACAUGUUAAUCCACUGUCAUGCCUCUCAAAUUCUGGUGGUUCCAGGAACUCGGAUAACAACUCAGCAGCAAAGUUGAUGAACAUGUCUUGGCUAGUCAUGAUGAUUUCAGUUGUGUCAAGUAUUAUACACAUGUUAGUAGUAUCAGUUUAGGACUUAUUAUUGUAGUGGUAAUGUGUUGCAGAAAAUGUUGAGGUCCAGAUUGAGUGUCUUAAAAUAUUUAGGUUAUUUUUUGUUGUUUUGGCUUACAAGAUUUUGGAACUUGAAAACUUGAAAUUACAUGUUUAUUAAAUAAUUGUUUGAGUAUUCAUGUUAUGUUUAUUGUAACUUCUGAUAGUACCAAAAAUCAACUAGAUUCUUCAAGAGUGUCCUUUUAAAACUUCAAUAUGUUUAUCAUCAAGUAGUCUUUCUAAGAAA